AUGCCUAGGACCAUCACUUUUGAUAUACCGUCGCAGUACCAGCUUUUAGCGCUGGUAGGUGAAGGAGCAUACGGUACAGUAUGUUCUGCGAUUCACAAACCUACAGGGAUUCAUGUGGCGAUCAAGAAAAUACAACCAUUUAGUAAAACCAUGUUCGUUACCAGAACCUUGCGUGAGAUCAAACUGCUGAGGUAUUUCCAUGACCAUGAAAACAUCAUCAGUAUCCUCGACAUGAUACGGCCUACGACGAUUGACAAGAUGAAUGCCGUUUAUUUGGUUCAGGAAUUGAUGGAAACUGAUUUGCAAAGAAUAAUUAAUAGCCAUGCAGCUAACCCUUUGAGUGACGAUCACAUCCAAUAUUUCACGUACCAGAUACUCAGGGCUUUGAAAUCAAUUCAUAGCGCCCAAGUAAUUCACAGAGAUUUGAAACCUUCAAACUUGUUAUUAAACUCCAAUUGUGAUUUAAAAGUCUGUGAUUUUGGAUUAUCAAGAUGCCUAGCAAGCAGUAGCGACUCAAGGGAAACAUUGGUAGGCUUCAUGACCGAGUAUGUGGCCACAAGAUGGUACAGAGCACCUGAAAUUAUGCUCACUUUCAGGGAAUACACAACUGCCAUGGAUAUAUGGUCCUGUGGAUGUAUAUUGGCCGAGUUGGUCUCAGGCAAACCAUUGUUUCCCGGCAGAGACUACCAUCACCAAUUGUGGUUGAUACUGGAAGUUACUGGCUCGCCAUCAUAUGAGGACGUCGAGUGCAUAAAGUCCGCUCGAGCAAAGAGCUAUAUCGCCAACUUACCAAUGAAGCCCAAGAUGCCCUGGGAAAUUGCACUGGGUAAGCAAAAUUUGAAUCCGCAAAUGUUAGAUCUGCUGGACAGGAUGUUGACAUUCAACCCUAACAAACGAAUAAGUGCAGCAGACGCACUGACCCACCCAUACCUAUCUACUUAUCAUGAUCCAGAAGACGAACCGGAGUAUCCCCCUUUGAAUCUGGAAGACGAAUUUUGGAGAAUCGAUAACGAGAUCAAGAAGCCUAAUGACGAUUCCGAAAUUUCUAUGGAGACUUUGAAGCAGAUGCUUUAUGAUGAAAUAAUGAAACCUCUCGACUGA